AGUCAGCAACUCAGCACACACACAUUAUUGUGGGAUCUUGCAAAAUAUGGGGUCAUGGUUAGCAAGAUCAAGAAAUAUUCAAUAUUUGCUCAAGAGAAACAUUUGUUUAUUUGAUAAGAAGUGUUCAUCAACUCACUCUUUCUUACAUACAAAUUCUUCUUACAAAACCUUGCCUACUUGCAAAACCCCUCAUGGAUUCUGCGCCUCCGUUUUGUCGUUUCGACGGUCGGAAUCUUCCAUGGUCGGAAAACAAGCUCAAGCUGAUGAUGAUGAGGAUGUUGAUGAUGGAAAUCAGAGCAUAGAAUUUCCUGGUGGAAGAGUUGGAUUCACUACUCAAAUGGAAUUCAUUUCAGAAGUUACUGACAAAAGAGUGCCUUGUUAUCGUCUUCUUGAUGAUGAUGGCUUUCUCAUUUCAGGCACUACAUUUGAGCAGCUGGACAAAGAAACGGCGGUGAGGAUGUACGAAAAAAUGGUGAGUCUUCAAAUAAUGGAUACAAUCUUCUACGAAGCGCAACGACAAGGCAGGCUGUCGUUUUACUUGACCUCAACAGGAGAGGAGGCCAUCAACAUUGCAACAGCUGCUGCUCUCUCGCCUGAUGACAUUAUAUUGCCACAGUAUCGGGAGCCCGGGAUUCUGCUAUGGCGCGGUUUCAGCAUGGAAGAGUUUGCGAGCCAAUGCUUUGGGACUAAAGAUGGUCAUGGGAAAGGCAGGCAGAUGCCAAUACAUUAUGGCUCUAAGAGCCACAAUUUCUUCACUGUUUCCUCACCAAUCGCGACGCAGCUGCCUCAAGCUGCGGGCGUCGCUUACUCUCUUAAGAUGGACGGGAAGGAAGCAUGCGCGGUUGCUUUCACCGGGGAUGGUGGCACCAGCGAGGGAGAUUUUCAUGCUGCAAUGAAUUUUGCAGCAGUGAUGGAAGCACCUGUGUUGUUUAUAUGCCGCAACAAUGGAUGGGCUAUAAGCACCCCAAUUUCACAGCAGUUUAGAAGCGAUGGUGUGGUUGUGAAGGGGCAGGCGUAUGGAAUUCGGAGCAUUCGUGUCGACGGGAACGAUGCUCUCGCUGUUUAUAGUGCGAUACGUGCAGCUCGGGAGAUGGUUGUGCAUGAACAGAAGCCCGUGCUAGUCGAGGCACUUACAUAUCGAGUAGGGCACCAUUCGACAUCAGACGAUUCUACCAAAUACCGACCAGUGAGCGAGAUUGAGCAAUGGAAAAGUAUCGGGAAUCCAAUGACCAGAUUUAGGAACUGGGUUAAAGCAAAUGGUUGGUGGACAGACGAGCGGGAAAUCGAGCUUCGUGUGGCCAUCCGGAAACAAGUGUUGAAGGCCAUUCAAGUCGCGGAAAAAACACAGAAACCGUCUCUUGAAGAUUUGUUCAGCGAUGUGUAUGACAAGCUUCCCUCAAAUUUGCAAGAACAAGAGAGAUCUCUGAGAGAAACCAUCAACAAUUAUAAACAAGAUUUCCCAACUGAUGUGCCUCUCUAAGUUCCUUAUUCACAAUAUACAAUGAUGUGCAGAGAUGAGACUGGAAUUAGUAAAUGCAUUAUUGGAGUUGUAACAAUCAAAUUCUCAAUGUAUUGAUUCAAAGAGAAACAUCUAAUAAACUUU